AUGCUGCAAAUUGAGCAAUAUAUUGCAGGUGCUGUUAUGGAUUGUGGUUUUGAAUCUGGUGAAAUGGGUGAGCCUGUUGGCAUAUCAUAUAGUGAUGAGGGGGGGGGGGGGCAAGUGAUUUCUUCUGGAGGUGUGCCUGAUGGUCUCCCCUUUCUGAACUGUAUUCCUAACUCAGCUGAGAGACUAGCUGCCCUGUCACCAAUUAAAACUAUUGAAACGGUGGAGACCAUUGUCUCAACAAAUCAGAUUUGCAUGUACACUUAUGUUGAGUCACCUAGGUUAGGGAUGGUUUUCAAAUCCUUUGAAGAUGUAGAAAGCUACUACAAAGAGUAUGCUGAGCAGAAAGGUUUUGGGGUUACCCGUGUUGCAUCAACAUUUUCGAAGAAGGAUAAGGAGCGGAGAGGGGCCACCUGGAGGUGUGAGUGUUGGGGUCCACCUGAUAUGAGGGCAAGGAGGGAGGCGAAGAAAAGGGCAAAGGUAAUGGAAUUAUGUGGCACGGGAGGGAUUGUUAACGGUGAAAUAGGGGAAGAUAUCAUGCAGCGGGUGAAAAGGACCUCCAAGAAAUGUGAGUGUGGUGCCAUGUUAUAUGCCGGGGUUGAUAGUGAUGCGUUGUGGGUUAUUAGGAAACUGAAAAAUGAGCAUGAUAACCAUACCCCUAAGCUGAGUGAUGCUAAGUUGGUUAAGGAAUAUCGAAUGAAGAAUUGCACGUCGAAUGUGAAGAAGAAACUUUUUAAUUUCUAUGAAGAAGGUGUCUAUGUAAGGCAAAUUCAUGGGUGUAUGGCUACGGAGACCGGGGCUGAUAACCUUCCUAGUGUUAAGGACCUUGAGCAUGAAGUAUCUAAGGAAAAACGGCUGAAAAUGGAAGGUGGUGAUGCGGCUGCAAUGAUGGCAUACUUUGAUCGUAUGCAAGAGGAUAAUCAGAAUUUCUAUCAUGCACACCGCCUAGAUGAAGAGGGCCGACUCAAGGAUGUACUGUGGGUGGACGCCUGUAGUAGGGUGGCUUACGAAGAUUUUGGGGAUGUUGUUUGUUUUGAUGCCACUUAUCUAACUAAUGCGUACGCGCUACCUUUUGCCAACUUUGUAGGGGUAAACCACCACGGCCAAUCUAUAUUGUUGGGCUACACUCUUGUGUCACAUGAAGAUUGUGACACAUUUGGUUGGAUAUUUAGGAAAUGGCUUUCUUGUAUGGGAAAUAAACAACCCGGGGCAAUUUUGACUGAUCAAGCUGCCGCUAUGCGCAAGCCUUUAGCUCAAGUGAUGCCUAAUGCUCGACAUCGUUGCUACCAUGACUUUAAGAGCCCUCUGAAGGCUGUUGUAUAUGAGAGCUUUACAGUUGCUGAGUUUGAGCGUCGCUGGACAGACUUAAUAAAGCAAUUUGAACUAGAGGAUAAUGAUUGGUUAGCUGAUUUGUUCGAGGAAAGGCACAUGUGGGUCCCAGCUUUUAUGAAAGAACACUUUUUGGCCGGGAUGAAGACAACACAGAGGGUCGAAAGCAUAAAUAGUUUCUUUGAUGGGUUUGUGAACAGGAAGACUAGGCUUUACGAAUUCCCUAACAAGUACACUAGGGCAAUGGGGAGGCGUGUUAAAGCUGAAACUGAUGCGGAUGCUCGCUGUGGCAAAUAUUUGAGGUGA